AUGGGGGGAGGAUGGGGGAAAGGAUGGGAAGCAGCAAGGGGGAGAGGUGCAGGGGGGGUCCCAGGGGAAGCGGGAGGGAAGCGGCAAGGGGAGAGGUUCACAGGGGAAGAGGGACGGGAGCAGCAAGGGGGAGGUUGCAGCGGGAAAGCAGAGAGCGCGGAGCUAGAGGCUCAUGUGGCGGGCCUGGCUUGCCUCGUGCACCCCAACGUGCUGGGGCUUGUGGCCUGGUGCUGCUGCCCUGUAGCGGGCGAGGGGGGGGUGGAGGGGGAGGAGGCGGUGGGGCAGGAGGGGGGGAAUGAGCUGGUGUUGGUGUAUAAGUGGAUGGAGCGUGGCAGCCUGCAGGCAGCACUGCAGCCAGGCGCCACGCCCUUGUCACUCCAGCAGCGGGUGGACAUAGCAGUGGGGGUGCUACUGGCGCUCAAGGCAGUGCAGAGCCACGGGCAGGUGCAUGGCGACCUCAAGCCCUCCAACGUGCUGCUCGGCCCUUCCUUUGAGGCGCGAGUGGUGGACUGGAGUGUGGUGUGCAUGGGGCAGCGCGUGCAUGUGGACAUGGGCAACAAUGGCUCGGAAGGGCACCGGAAAGUCUUCAGCAACAAAGGCUUGGCAAGGAUAGUUUCCUUGCCAAGUGGAGACAGAGGCACCAGCAGCAGCAGUGGCAAGAUUGGUGGCAAGAGUGGGUAUUCAUGGGGGUCCGGUAGGAGUGGCAGCAGCAUUGGCAGAACUGACGGAGGCGAGCAGAAGGUGUAUUUGCUGCGGUGCACGGAGGGCCAUGUGGACCCGGCUGUUGUGCACACCGGCAUUGCCACUCCCACCAGUGACAUGUACAGUGUGGGAGUGCUGCUGUUGCAGCUGCUCACAGGCUGGGAAGGUCCCUUCAGGGAUGUGGAUGGGCAGCGCACCCACAUUUAUGACUGGGUGCGUGAGGCUUUGGGAAUCAGAGCAUGA